AUGAGACGCGACUUAUUUCUACAGCUUGUGCAUGCCGUUGACCUCCAUGACAGCUACUUUGUGCAAUCGUACGAUGCAGUUGGACGCAAAGACCCCCUAUUUCUUGCGGACAGCAUCUACCCCACGAGCACCCUCUUUGUCAAGACGAUCAGUGAAGCGCAGGGGCGUAAGGCCACAGCAUGCCGCGUGGCCAAGACUGCGGUCACUUUGAAGUCGACACAACGACCAUCGACGAAGACGAUUCUCGGUUUGAUCGAUUCGUUCGUAUGA